UGCUGCUGCUGCUGCUGCUGUCGGUAUUUGCUGGUGGUUUACAGCUGCGGGCUACAACAGCAGCACAAGAGUACACGAGCAGCGCCGUCGAGACAAGCGUCGACCAGCUUAGCAAAGCAGAGAGUGACAAUAUUCGCUUGUGCCUAACGGUCAAGAGUUCAGCUAGGUUAAAAGGCUUAAGGCCACUAUGCUAUAGUUGGGAAUCGUCUAGGUAGCAUCGUUGCGUGACGUUGCGCCAAAAACUAACUACAGCUAAAAGUCUGAACCAAUCGAGUUAAACGAAUCAACAACUGGGCGAGCGAGGCACAACGGCUGCUCGAACGCUGUUAGUGGUCUCUUCUUAGAUAUUUAACAAAGUAGAUUCGUGCACUUUGCAUUGCCCCGGCCUAAUCAAUCGCGACGUGCCCCACACGCUGAACAUAUAUACGACGUCAUUUUAAUCGCAUCCAGAGUUCGCCUCAUUUGUGCCACCAAAGUGACUACUUCAAUGACAACGACGGAACAUAACAGAAUCAGAAACCUCAGAUGGCUUCUGUCUAAGAGCUGAAAAAGACUUGUGAUGGCAGUUCGACAAUGGUAGAUGCGAGGCCGUCAUCGAGAGGCAACGUCGCAGAAAGUCCCUUUACUUUACGAGACUCAUCCUCGGGCGAACAGUCACUAUAAGAUAAAGGAAAGUCAUCACACUCACAUCUUGUAGUUCAGAUCUCGUAGUUUAUAGUAGAAUUGCUUAAGUCCGUCUGUGUGUAUGUGUUUUGUCUUGUUCUAGCUAAAAACGAGCGGCACGACGCAAAAAAGUGAAGUGAUCAGUGAAAUUUGGUGAACUGUAGAAAGAAUUCGGUGUUCGUGGCGUUCGUUACCCGUUCUGACGACAGUUAGCCUGAACGGUGGCCUGGUCGGUGCGCAAGCGGCUGGGUGACACCAGUCUGUACGUGCUUACCGAGGAAAGACAGACGGACAGAGGUCCAGUAAUCGAACGAUAACGAGGAACGGCAAUGUGAUAAAUUUGAAGCGAAAUGUAUUCGGCGAUGGCGUGCAAAUGCAAUUUUUCUGUCGAUGAAUUACCAUCGUCGUUACUAUUGUAAGCCAGCGUUGUAACGUUGUUCGUAGCUUGUCCUCUAUUUUUUUGCGUCGACUACAAUACGUCUCCGACGACGCCCUCAGUCUAGUGUUGUGCAAGAAGUUCAUGUAGAUUUAACUUCCACCACCCCUAUCCUCUUGACAAUCGCAGUGGCAGUAACGGUUAGUGAGUGUACAAAACGCGUUCCUCAAGUGCGACUCAAACGGGGAAACCUGCGCGAGUGUGUAGAGUAGCAAUCUACCAGUCGAAGCUGCGUGCCGCUUUGUGCGCACUUGUGUUUUAAGGGUGUUCUGAUACAGGCAUAAGGCCAUUGCGCCUUUGCCGGGCGAAGCAGUCAGGCUGGAACAGGCGCUUGAGCAGAUGCAGCAGGCCGUACAGAAGUCGAUGGUGGGCCUAGGUGUAGGCGUGGGCGUCGGCAUGAGUGUGCCUGGCGUAACGGGUGUUCCGGGCGGUGUUGUGCCCGGGGUACCCCAAUCGGCCGCUGGACCUUGCUUUUCCUCAGGGCGGUACUCACCAACGUACAGGAACACCCCUUCAGUCGACCCGAUGCGGCCGCCUCGCCACUGUAUCAGCUCUACUCCGACGCCACCUAGCCAUCAACCGAAAAGCGAAUUUAUGGUCAAGACGGAGGCCUCACCAGACCCUCAAGCGAAUUGGACGUCUAAAAAGCUUUUCAUGGAGGAAGAGGACGCGGAGGCGCAAAGUCGAAGAUGGCGGUGUAUCGCGGCGGCUCCGAGGUUCCAUUACGACGUCGCCGGAGGAGGUGACUCUACCGAAGCGGACCGGUACCGAAUGCAGAACCUCGUAAAUUCACCGUUUCAGGGUAAUUUCUUCCCCGCGCUCGACGAUGCAGCAUUGAUGGGGCGAGCAGAAGCCCUUGUUGACAUUGGCAAACAUCCCGCGAGUCAUCCAGGACAUCCGGGGCAUCCCGGCCACCAUCCGGGCAUCAAACAUCAUCCCGACAUGAGCGGCCUGCAUCCAGGCAUGUAUCACCACCCGAUGGGCUCUUCGCAAACACCCACGGCUCACAACCCAGCUAGCGCCGCGGCCAGGUCCCAUAUGUCCCAAAUGGAUUUAGGCCACGAACUAAUCGAUCCGCUGUGUCCUUCGAAUCUUCCGCCCUUAGGAAUGACAACGGCUGCCAACACCGAUCAGUUCCAUCACUACCCCAUGAAUGGCACAAUGAUGCAUCACCACCAUCAAAUGGGCGCUGGUCCCGCGACUUCGGUGAUUGAUCCCACUGGUGGGGUGGACACUGACCCGCGAGAGCUGGAAGCAUUUGCUGAAAGGUUCAAGCAGAGACGGAUUAAGCUUGGCGUAACCCAGGCGGACGUGGGACGCGCUUUGGCCAACUUACGCCUUCCGGGCGUGGGAUCUUUGUCGCAGAGUACCAUCUGCCGCUUUGAGUCGCUCACCCUCUCACACAACAACAUGGUUGCCCUCAAGCCCAUCCUGGCGGCCUGGUUGGAGGCCGCGGAAGCGCAGGCCAAGUGUAAGAGGCGUGAUCCCGACAUGCCAGGCGUUCUUCCGGCGGGCGAGAAGAAGCGCAAGCGGACGUCGAUCGCGGCGCCCGAGAAGCGAUCUCUGGAGGCGUACUUUGCCGUCCAGCCGCGGCCCUCGGGUGAACGCAUAGCUGCAAUCGCUGAGAAACUUGACCUCAAAAAAAAUGUCGUCCGCGUCUGGUUCUGUAACCAGAGACGGAAACAGAAGAGGAUGAAGUACUCGGCGAGUAACGCCAUUGUGGCGCAAGCGCAGCUCAACAACGGAAACGCUUCGCUGUAGAUCUCCAGCGCCCAGUGGGAAGAGCACAGAGCUCCCCCGCCCAAGAUGGCUAUUGUAAGAAGAAGCUAUCCCCAUAUCUACACUCGUCGUUAAGCACCGCUUGACAAUGAACGAGAAGACAGUUCCGAUCGAGGCAAUACCAGUGGCCAGCAAUGUGACGCAAAACUGAAUUAUAACAACCGCUUAUACCUGUCAACUACGAUACCAAUAGCUGGAUCGCUCAACAACUUAUUUCUUCGCGUUGAGUUUUUGAAGUUGAUUUCAGACAGAAAGCGAAGCAACAUAGAUACAAGGAUAAACCGGGAGAAGAAGGCAAAACAGCGUCAGUUAAUAACUACUACUAGUCUAUAUACAUAGUAGAAGAGCAGUUACAAUGCUGCUAGUAGUUACUUCUCCUUCGCGAG